AUGAUUGCUUAAAUCACAGGGCAUAACCUUUCUACAAUAAAAGCUAUUUAUCGAAUUUAUAGAAAUGAAGGAAGAAUAAAUAAAAAAGAAAAAAGAGAUAGAGAACUCCAUACCUAAAAAAAUGUAGCAGUAUUUGUAGUAGACGAAGAGUACUUACAACAUUCAUUAUUAAUUAGGACAAGAUAUUUAAAGUUUAUUAUCAAAUAGCACACGAAGAAAGAAAUAAUUUUAAGAAGUCAUGAAAAAUUUAGUGAAUCCUAAGAUGAUAUAGUCAAUAUAACUUUAUAGAAGGCAGCAAAUGAAAUAAGAAACAAUUUGAACAGUUUAUAAUCAAAAAAGAAUUUUGACUAAUCUUUAGAAAGUAUUAUGAAAAAUGGAAUAAAAGAUAAAGAAAUUAUCAAUAUACCCUUUAAAAGUAAUUUCUAAUUUGACGCCAAUUCUUAUAUUAAUGUGAAAACUAUUUCAAAUUUAUUUAAAUAAAGUGAAAACUUACCUUUAAAAAAAACCUGUAUACAAACACCAUAAAAAUAAUGGAUUCAAUAAGAAUAGUAAAUAAAUGAUCUCAAACGUAUUUUUGAGUUAUAAGUUUAAGAAUAUCUAGGAAAAUCUCAAUUAGAUAAUUUAAAAUGA